AUCUGAAAUUUGUGAAGAACGUGUAUGAUGUUUAUGUUGUUUUCGUUGGACCGUUGGGGUGUGUUGUGGCGGUUGCGUUUGGAAGUGCGUUGGAAAUGUGUCGGUUGGAAAUAGUUUUGUGUUUUGAAAACAUUAUUUCUAAAAUUUAGUUUGGUGCUUAACAGCGUUUUGGAUGAACGGUGAUUGUUAAAAAUUAAUGGUUCAGCUGAUAAAUAGGAACGUAUUGGUUCUGCGCAUAAAACAAGAUGACGGAUUUAUUAGUUCAAUCAAAUUCUGGCCUAGGUGAUACAUUUUCACAAACUUUGUUAGAUGGUUGUAGGUCAGGCAUCGUUCAUCGAUAUGGAAGAUCGGAAAAUUUGAAUAGUGGUUGUUUGAAGCACAGUAAAAGUGAUGAUUUAGUUUUGCAGAGUAAUGUAGUGCCAUCGGAAAGACACCACCAUGCACGCUGUGAUUCUCCAGUACCCAAGACUUCUAGUGUAGUUUAUGAAGAUGAUUUAGUGUCGUCACCUGUUCCUCAUAAAGCAAAAUAUUUUAGUGACAGUGAAACAGAUAAUAACACCAGACCUUCGUUGUUGGAUGUAACGGGCCGUAAACAUCCUUCCGAAUUGCCAGAAGUUCACAGGUCGUCAAGCAAAUAUGUUGGGUUAUAUGAUCGUGUUGAUCCAGAAGACAGCAUUCGGGACAUGAUUACGGAAAAUGAUUUUUACAGAUUUGUGUUGUUUAAACGUCACUACGACAAAUACUUACAUUUGUCGCAGAAGUAUGAAGAAGCAAGAAACAUUGCCUACUACUUGGAGGAAAAAUACCAUGAGAUUAAGUCGGAGAAGGACAGCCUGGGCCUAGCGCGGCUGGAGCUGGAGAGGAAGCUGGAGUCCAAGGAGCUGGAACUGCACGAGAAGGAGGAGGAGUUGUUCCUGCAGCUGGAGAAGGUGGUCCGGCUGGAGGAAGACUGCGAGAAGUUGCGUGCAGAAAAAGAAAAAUUUGCUUUGUGGAAAGAGAAGUUGGAAAAACAGAAGAACGAAGCUUACCGACAGCUGAGGCUGCAGGCCUCGCAGUCGGAGGCCGCCCGCCGGGGGUUGGAGCGCGCGCGGCAGGAGGCUGUGCGCCAGGUCACCUCGGUCUCCGCCGAGAAGGACCAGCUGCAGCAGGAGAACGAACAACUGAAGGAGACGCUCUGCGAAGAGAGACGUGGGGUUGGCCACUACGUGGUCGACUUGUCCCGUCAGAAGAAGAGGCUGAGCCAGAACAUGGUUGGGCUGGAGAAAGAAGUGAGUGAUCUGAAGUUCAUCAACUGCCAGAGUGCAUCUUUGAACAAUCAGUUCAAGAAAGGCAUGAAGCACCUGGCUACAUGCCGGAGGAAGAAGUGUUCCGUGUGUAGCUACACGAGGGCCACCUUCGGCGAAUACAGAAACGACAAGAAGCUCCUGUCGUGUUUCCAAGCCCCGUUCCAAGACCUGCGCAACUGGAUGAAGCCCCUGCCGUCGCCCGGGGACGACGAGCAGCAGAAGGAGGGCGGGGGGAGGUACUCGUCAGCGUCGGGCUGCUCCGUCUACCCGGCGCACUCCUCGCCGCUGCCGUCCACCCGGUCCGAGUACUCGCUCCGCCGGCCCUGCUACUCGUCCGCCCCCGGGUCCCCCUCCCCCUCGCCGUCGUCCUCCUGCCACGCGGCCCCCUUCAUGUCGUACAUCGACGAUGACGACGACAGCACAAGCUCCGAGUCGAGCCGGGACUCGGGCCACGUGGACGAGCUGGACGGCCCGCCGUGCCACUGCCCCUACGGGCCGGCGUCCGUCCCCACCGACACCUCGGUCGCGUCCACCUCGUCGUGUUCGGCCGCCGCCGCCCCGCACGCCUUCUCCUCCGACUCGGGCUUCUCCUCGGAGCUGUCCCGGGGCUCUCGCUCGCCGGCCCCCGCGCUGCAGCGCUCCCGGUGGACCGCCUCCUUCCGGAAGCUCAUCAGCAAGGUGUCCAAGCGAUGACUCCUCGUCACCAUCACCACCAAGUUCACUUUCACGUACAUUCAGGGGUGGAAUGCUAGUUUUUUUUUUGGGGGGGAGGGAGAAUCAACAAAUAAAGUAAAGCAUCCGUACGACACUUUCGUCGAGGUUUUUUGGUUUGCCAUGCUUGUUACAACUGUGGGCUCCCACUACCCACCCCCACCCUAAAAAU